CCGAUCAGAGAGUGCUGCGCUCUUACAAAUCGCUGCUUAUGUUUGGUUCAUUUACAGCGGGAUGAUGGCGGAUCAGACCCAGCACCCGGUUUUCUUUGAGUGUGAGAGUAUUAAAGAAGAACAUCUGACGAGAGUACAAAAAUACUUCGGUAUUCGCCGCAAAUCGGGCGGAGGAGAGUGCGGACCGGUGACCACAGUGGACGAAAACCUCUACAGUGUUGCUUUCCGAAAUAAAAAAGAUCAGCAGCAAGUUCUUCAGAGAUCAGAGCAUGUUUUGGAUCUUGAAGAUUGUCGUUUGGUGUUCACUGUCCGAGAAAGUCUGCAAAAUUCUACCUCCUCUCACUUCACCACCCCCACUUCUGCUCCAGCAGAGACUCCUGAGAACAUUCCCGCCUCGUCUCUUCCACCAAGCGAUGAAGAGUAUGAACUACACGUUGAUAAUUAUCUCCUUCGUUACCUGAAAGAAUGUCCACAUGCUCAGCAAGAACUUGAGAACAUGCUUGCCUGUUUAGCCUGCUCUGCUGAUCUUUACUGUGAGGAGGGGAGAGUUUUAGUCAGGAGGCUCUCUCAACCUGGUGCUGCAGAUGAAGUUAGUGAUUGGAAAGCUGAGGUAGACGCUCUCUUUGGUGGCUACUUUUGCCAUCAUGAGGUAAACCCUGACAAAGUUGAAGCUUUGGUUCAGUCCAGCAGCUCUUGUCAGACUGCAGGUGAGGUGAAGGUGUACACAGAUGAGUCUGGGAUGGCUGUUGUUGUUGGAGAACAGUCUCUGGUUCAUGCCAGGUUGUUAGACAUCGAGCAGUCUUCAAGUUUACGUGACAAUAUGGCAUCUCUGAGUUUAAGAGAGGAAAGCACAACCAUUGCUAGCUACAGCCUUUGUGAUGGGCUCCAGGUGUUUGUGUGUCAGGGUGACAUCACCAAGCAACACACUGAUGCUCUGGUAAAUGCAGCCAAUCAGGACUUGGAGCACUCUGCAGGUGUUGCUGCUGCACUGAGUCGAGCUGGUGGUCCUGAAAUACAGAGAGAGAGUGAUGAAUUAGUGAAGUGUUUGGGGAAAAUUCCCAUAGGAGACACAGUAGUGACCACAGGGGGUAACUUAAAGUGCAAGAAACUGCUUCAUGCAGUUGGGCCUGUAGGUGGAAAAGCAAGUAACAGAGAUAAGAUGUUACUGGAGAAAACUGUGCAUUGUGCUUUAAAGUUUUCAGAAAUAAUGGAGUUUCAGUCCAUAGCCAUUCCUUGUAUCAGCUCAGGUGUGUCUGGGGUUCCUCUCACUGUGUGCACUGAAGCAACUGUUGCUGCUGUGAAGGACUUUGGCAGUGUGGGAGGUCGAAGUUUGAGGAAAAUCAUCCUGAUUGAUAACAGAGAGGAGGCAGUGAGGGCCAUGCAGGAAGCAUGUGACAGGCUUCUCCAAGGGAUAGAUACACCUGAUGAAGAUACAGCAAGAGGAGCCACUGCCAGAGCUCCUGGAGGCAGAGUCCACAUGGAGGUUAUUCAGGGAUCGAUUGAGAGCCAACAGGUGGAUGCUUUGGUGUCUCCUAUGGUUGGCCAUGAUCCUCUCUCUACCCGUGUUGGAAAUGCUUUAUUUGCAGUAGCUGGACCACAGCUGACCACAAGGUUUAGAAAGGAAGCAGAAGAUGAAACAAUGCCUGGUGACUCAGUACUGCUGGAGGGCUUACCUGGACUUCAGUCUAAUGCAGUCUUCUUCCUCAAUCUUGUUCCCUGGGAUGGUGACCCAGAGGGUGUUGCAGUCCAGGUUCUUCGAAUGAGCAUCAACACAAUACUGUCUUUUUGUGAGAAGAAAGGAUUCAGAUCUGUUGCUCUUCCCGUCCUCGGUGCUGGGAUGGCCCUGCAGUUUCCUGUCAGUGAAGUGGAGAGAGUGUUAAUGGAGGAAGUUUAUGUAUUUGAAGAGGAGCGAGCAGGCAUCACACCAUUUCUGAUCCGCAUCGUCAUUCACCCCGAUGAUGAGGAGACACACGAGACAUUUGGCUCUGUCCAAAAUGGCAAAUUCACUGAAGAUUUUCACCACAAAGACCCAGACCAAGAUUCAACAACGAUGAGGUUGGUCCUGCUGGGAAAAACUGGAUCUGGGAAAAGUCACCUGGGUAACACUAUUUUUGGAGAGGAGCUCUUUGCCACUUAUGCCUCUCCAAACUCUGGAACAAUGAAAUGCCAAACAGAAACCAAAACAGUCAAUGGAAGAAGCAUCACUCUGAUCGACACCCCUGGUUUCUUUGACACAGGAAGGUCUGAGGAAGAUCUGAAGCCUGAGAUAAUGAGCUGUAUGACAGAGUGUGCUCCUGGGCCUCAUGCUUUUCUCAUUGUGCUUCGAGUGGAUAAAUUCACAGAGCACGAGCAGGCUGUCAUCGCUAAGAUAUGUCAGUGUUUCUCAGAUGAAGCUCUAAAAUAUGCUGUCGUUGUUUUCACUCACGGUGAACAGCUUGACAAAAAAUUUAAAAUUGAAGAUUUUGUCAGUGAGAACAAAAAUCUGAGUGAUCUGGUGUCAAAGUGUGGUGGUCGGUGUCACGUCUUUGAUAACAAACACUGGAACAACAACCAGCCAAACAACUACAGGAGCAACCAGUUCCAGCUGGAGGAGUUGCUGAAAUCAAUAGAAAAAAUGGUGGCAGAAAGAAACGGAGGUUACUACACAAAUAAAAUGCUGCAACAUUUGGAGACAGUAAUACGAGAACAGGUAGAGCACAUUAGGCAGUCAAUGCCAGAUAAAACCCCAGAAGAGAUCAGAAAGCAGGCUAAAACUAAUGUGAGGAGUAGGUUUCUGAUCCAAAUGGCAGGGACUGGAACAGGAGCCUUGCUCGGUGCUUUUUUCGGUGUAGUAACAUUGGCUGAAUUUGCUAUCAAAGCUGUGAAGAACCCACAAUUGAUGAAUGUCACAACAAAGCUUUCCAGAUUUGUGCCAGCUGCACAACAACAGAAUGCAUUAGUAGCUGCUGGAGCAGUAGGCUUGGUUGGAGCAGCAACUGCAGGAGGACUAAUGGGAGGUGUAAUUGGAAAUGAAGCAGCUAAAGAUUCAGAGUCACUUUCAGAAGCUGUACAGAAAGCAUAUAAGGCUGUACAGGAGGAAAGAAAAUGUCUUACUCAUGUAAGAUUUUCACAACAACCACCCACACUUCCUGUGUGCCGCCCUCAUGAAUAUUUCACUGGCCUCUCAGAAGCCAGGAAAUCUUACACUCAGAUCAAAACAGGGAAAACAACCAGUUACAGCGGGAUGAUGGGUGAUCAGACCCAGCACCCUGUUUUCUUUGAGCGUGAGAGUCUUAAAGAAGGACAUCUGACGAGAUUACAAAAAUACUUCGGUAUUCACCGCAAAUCAGGCGGAGGAGGGUGCGGUCCGGUGACGAGAGUGGACGAAAACGUCUACAGUGUGGUUUUCCGAAAUAAAAAAGAUCAGCAGCGAGUACUUCAGAGAUCAGAGCAUGUUUUGGAGCUUGAAGAUCGUUGCUCGGUGAUCUUUGUCCGAGAAAGUUUGGAAAAUGACACCUCUCACCUCACCAGCCCCACUUCUGCUCUAGCAGAGACUCCUGAGAACAUUCCCGCCUCGUCUCUUCCACCAAGCGAUGAAGAGUAUGAACUACACGUUGAUAAUUAUCUCCUUCGUUACCUGAAAGAAUGUCCUCAUGCUCAGCAAGAACUUGAGAACAUGCUUGCCUGUUUAGCCUGCUCUGCUGAUCUUUACUGUGAGGAGGGGAGAGUUUUAGUCAGGAGGCGAGCUCAACCUGGUGCUGCAGAUGAAGUUAGUGAUUGGAAAGCUGAGGUAGACGCUCUCUUUGGUGGCUACUUUUGCCAUUAUGAGGUAAACCCUGACAAAGUUGAAGCUUUGGUUCAGUCCUGCAACUCUUGUCAUACUGCAGGUGAGGUGAAGGUGUACACAGAUGAGUCUGGGAUGGCUGUUGUUGUUGGAGAACUGUCUCUGGUUCAUGACAGGUUGUUAGACAUCGAGCAGUCUUCAAGUUUACUUGACAAUAUGGCAUCUCUGAGUUUGAGUGAGGAAAGCACAACCAUUGCUAGCUACAGCCUUUGUGAUGGGCUCCAGGUGUUUGUGUGUCAGGGUGACAUCACCAAGCAACACACUGAUGCUCUGGUAAAUGCAGCCAAUCAGGACUUGGAGCACUCUGCAGGUGUUGCUGCUGCACUGAGUCGAGCUGGUGGUCCUGAAAUACAGAGAGAGAGUGAUGAAUUAGUGAAGUGUUUGGGGAAAAUUCCCAUAGGAGAAACAGUAGUGACCACAGGGGGUAACUUAAAGUGCAAGAAACUGCUUCAUGCAGUUGUGCCCUCAGGUGGAAAACUAAGUAAGAGAGAUAAGCUGUUACUGGAAAAAACUGUGCAUUCAGCUUUAAAGUUUUCAGAAAUAAUGGAGUUUCAGUCCAUAGCCAUUCCUUGUAUCAGCUCAGGUGUGUCUGGGGUUCCUCUCACUGUGUGCACUGAAGCAACUGUUGCUGCUGUGAAGGACUUUGGCAGUGUGGGAGGUCGAAGUUUGAGGAAAAUCAUCCUGAUUGAUAACAGAGAGGAGGCAGUGAGGGCCAUGCAGGAAGCAUGUGACAGGCUUCUCCAAGGGAUAGAUACACCUGAUGAAGAUACAGCAAGAGGAGCCACUGCCAGAGCUCCUGGAGGCAGAGUCCACAUGGAGGUUAUUCAGGGAUCGAUCGAGAGCCAACAGGUGGAUGCUUUGGUGUCUCCUAUGGUUGGCCAUGAUCCUCUCUCUACCCGUGUUGGAAAUGCUUUGUUUGAAGUAGCUGGACGACAGCUGACCACAAGGUUUAGAAAGGAAGCAGAAGAUGAAACAAUGCCUGGUGACUCAGUACUGCUGGAGGGCUUACCUGGACUUCAGUCUAAUGCAGUCUUCUUCCUCAAUCUCGUUCCCUGGGAUGGUGACCCAGACGGAGGUGCAGUCCAGGUUCUUCGAAUGGGCAUCAACACAAUCCUAUCUUCUUGUGAGAAGAAAGGAUUCAGAUCUGUUGCUCUUCCCGUACUCGGUGCUGGGAUGGCCCUGCAGUUUCCUGUCAGUGUAGUGGAGAGAGUGUUAAUGGAGGAAGUUUAUGUAUUUGAAGAGGAGCGGGUGGGAAUCACACCAUUCCUGAUCCGCAUCGUCAUUCAAUCUAAUGAUGAGGAGAGACACGAGGCAUCUGAUGUUGUCCAAACUGACAAAUUCACUCAAAAAGUCCGAGAUCCAGAGUCAACAACGAUGAGGUUGGUCCUGCUGGGAAAAACUGGAUCUGGGAAAAGUCACCUGGGUAACACCAUUCUUGGAGAGGAGCACUUUACCUUUUAUGACUCUCCAAACUCUGGAACAAUGAAAUGCCAAACGGAAACCAAAACAGUCAGUGGAAGAAGCAUCACUCUGAUCGACACCCCUGGUUUCUUUGACACAGGAAGGUCUGAGGAAGAUCUGAAGCCUGAGAUAAUGAGCUGUAUGACAGAGUGUGCUCCUGGGCCUCAUGCUUUUCUCAUUGUGCUUCGAGUGGAUAAAUUCACAGAGCACGAGCAGGCUGUCAUCACUAAGAUAGUUCAGUAUUUCUCAGAUGAAGCUCUAAAAUAUGCUGUCGUUGUUUUCACUCACGGUGAUCAGCUCAAGAAAAAGAUGAAAAUUGAAGAUUUUGUCAGUGAGAACAAAAAUCUGAGUGAUCUGGUGUCAAAGUGUGGUGGUCGGUGUCACGUCUUUGAUAACAAACACUGGAACAAGAACCAGCCAAAUAACUACAGGAGCAACCAGUUCCAGCUGGAGGAGUUGCUGAAAACAAUAGAAAAUAUGGUGGUGGAAAAAAACGGAGGUUACUACACCAAUAAAAUGCUGCAACAUGUGGAGACGGCAAUACAGAAACGGGUCGAGCACAUUUCGUACUCAAUGCCAGAUAAAACUGCAGAAGAGAUCAGAAACCAGGCUAAAUCUGAUGUGUGCAACAGCUUUCUGACCAAACUGACAGGGAUUGCAACAGGAGCUUUGCUCGGUGCUUUUUUUGGUGUAGCAGCACUGGUUGGAUUAGCUGUCACAGCCAUGAAUAACAUAAUGUUAAUGAACGCUGUAAAAAAGGCUCCAGCAUUAAUGGGAGUGUCGUCAGCAGCAGCAGGAGAAGCAGCUGUAGGAGUUGCUGGAGCAGCUUGUGUGGCAGUAGCAGCAGCAGGAGGAGUAUUUGGUGGCUUCAUUGGAAAUGAAGCAGCUAAUGAUGCUAAGUCACCAUCAGAUGCUGCACAGAGAGCGUGUGAGGCUAUAGUGGAGAAAGGAAAGUCUCUUAUCAGGUUUAAGUGAGAUUUUUAUAAUUAUCAUCCAGGUAGUGGAAGGGAAAAAAGCAUCUUAUUAUUUCUUGAUGUUCUUACACUUCACAUAAUAACUGCAUAAUAAUACUACAUACAUCGAAGAGAACAUGUUAAAUUAUUUGGAAUCAGGUUUGUUGGCAAAUUGUUGAAUACUUAUCUAGCAGUUACCUUUUUUGUGGACUUUUUGCAUAAUCUUCUGAGGGCCUUAAUGCAUUGUAGUCAUAUUUUUUUUCCUGUGGACGAAUGUCUCAGACCGAGAAGCAUCACAGACAAACAAGUCAACAAGUAAGUCAAAAAACUGUGGUGGGAGUUGGUUUUGUUAACUUGUCAUGGAAUAUUUAGUCAUGUUACAUAUUUCUAAGAUAUUGUUGACCCUGUUUUGUCCCUGUUGCUUUUAAGCAAUAAAAAAAACUAAUUUCUG